AAAGUCAACAACAAUUAAAAAUGUUUAAUUUGCUGCGACGCAAACGUCAGAGAAAGACGCACAAAAGUGAUGAGGAUGAUGAAGAGACAACGCCGCCAGCAAUUGCCAGGAGCGCCAGUAAUGAGAAGAGAGAGCAGCCUCAGAGAUUCAGCUCUCAGCAGAGAAAGUCAGAGAACGAUAGAGAACCAAGACGUGCCGUGAUCGAAGAGCUGGAGGAUUUCCCCAGCGACGACGACGAAGAGUUGCCGUGUGUAAAAUUAGCAAAAACAGCUGCUAAUGGCCAUUCAGCCAUCUCUUUUUGGCGCUCCGACAAUUUGAAUAUAAAUAACAUGGGCAAAGGCAGUGGGGCCACGACGACAACGACUACGUCGAGGACAACGACUGUGGCCGACGCAGAAGCUAAAGAUGAUCAUGAUGAUGAUGAUGCUGUAGAUGUUGAUGAAGAUCGAAAUGCUGCGGCUGUUGCUGUUGCUGUUGGGCAUGGCACGGACAGUCAAAACGAGGCAGCCAGCGUGAACGCAAAAGCAAAAGCCAACAACGCCAACGACGGUCAGCUAAUUGGCAAUAGAUAUAGCCACAAUAUUGGCCCACUAAUCGACGGUAAUAACGGUGAUGGCGGUGGCCAUGAUGGCACGGUAAUUGAGGCUGUCGCAUAUCGUCAACAAUCGCAAUCCCAAUCGAACGAACAGAAACGACAAUCGCGUUUAUCUAUUGGCAGUUUUGCCCUACAAUUGGGCAAGGACAGGGACAGUCACAAGGACAGUGUUAAAGAAAGUGAGAAAGUUAUUGAGAGCAGUAAGAAACGCAAGCCAUUACAAAAGAGUCGCGAGUUUUUCAGUGAGAUUUUCAUGGCGCGAGGACGUAAUCAUCAGCGACAACAACAACGACAACAACAAUCCUCCUCCUCCUCCUCCUCAAUUAAAGCAGUUAACAUCCCCCACAAAGUUGUCGACGUAAUCGGUCAGGCGGUGGCCAAACGGCCAGCAACAUUAGCAUCAGCCCCAACACACCUUGAAACGAACUCCGACCCCGCCGUAUCCACAAAUAGUUAUCAAAUGACUAUGUCUAAUAAUAGACCCGAGAGAAUCGAUCUCAAUCUGAAAGAGCAUGAGAGCCAUCGCGAGCGUCGCAGUAAUUCAGCUGGAGCAGCAUCCGCGGAGCAUCAGCAUAGAAAAGAGUCAGAAGCGACAGAAGCAAGAAGAGAACACUCACUUUCCAAAGAGAAGAGAAACAACGAUCCAAGUGUCAGCUGGCGAACAACUCGUUCACUUAGCGCCGAGCCAAGAAGAGAUGCCAGAGAUGAUGGAGAUACACAUAGAGAUUUUAUUCAAGCGGCAAACGUUGAGCAAAACGCAAGUGGCUACAACGCGGAAGAACUCAAGAAGCAACAACAACAACAACAAUAUCACUAUCAACGGGCGGCAGGCAAUGCAACAUUGCCUUGCAUUGGCCAACAACUACAAGAACAAGAACAACAAGAGCAACAUCAAUUUAGUGACAUAACUAUGGGACAAACCAGUGCCAAACCCAAUGAGGGAACAUCAUCUGCACACAGCUCUCGAGCCAGUACGCCUCGUGAGUUUCGUGAAUCGACAAUAGCUGGAAAUGUCCCUAUUGCUCCACCGCGUCUUCAUUCACAGAAGUCACAGGAAUUGCCCAAAAUUACCGUGGUCGAUUGUAGUUUCGAAAGUGUCAGCAGCAAUGAGGAUCAAACUAGUAGUCCGCAUCCAUCGAUGGGUGAGGAAGUCUUUUACGAUUUCGAGGCACAAAAUCACAAUUCGUCGGCAAUUAAUAUUGAAGAGCUAAACGAGGCGCAUAUCGAAACGCUGGAGGAUGAAGUAUUUGCCACAGAUAUACCCACAACGAUCUAUCAGAAUGGCAAUGGCCGGCCCUGGACGCGUUUGAGUCAUGUCAAGCUCGAGAAUGUCCAAGAGGAGGCCGAAGAGGAUGAUCUAGAGGCCGAUGAUGAUGAUGAUGAUCUGGAUGAGGCUGUGGACAUGGAAUGCGACGAACAUGCCACGCCCAAUAUGUCUAGGCAAUCGGCCAGCAGUGAACGCAGCGCCCUUAAAAGUGAUUCCAAUCUGAGCAGCAGCUAUGCGGACUCCGGCAUAGGCAUAGGGGUCGAGUCACAGCAAACGCAGCCGCCGGCGCAGCAGCAGCAGCAACCGCCACAACCUCCGCCCCGCAGCUCGUCGACAACGACGGCAACUUUACCGCUACGUUCGCCCUUUAUACGUGAUGGCAACUCAACGGAUUGCGAGGAGACGCUUUUGCAGUGCGACGAACUCGACGAUGAGCAUUUUAGCGAGCGUUUGGUAUGCAUUGAGAGCAUUAGCCUGCCGGAUGUGGUAGUAGAGUCAACAACCUCUGCCACAACAACAUCGACAGCAGCAGCAACAACAACAACAUCGGCAGCAGCGGCUACAAAUGGCAGCAGCAGCAGCAGCAAUGACCAUGAUGGUCACAUCAAUAUAAAUAUUGCCAAUGGAGCCGGCGGCAACAGUCUGGGCAAUGUGCAUUUUAUACCCAUUCACAUCGAAGGCAGCAACUCGGUACGCAGUCGCAGCAAUAGCCCCAAACAACGCAGUUUCGACGACACUUGUCUUGGCCACAAUAUGCCGCCCAGUGUGGAAAUAAUUGAAGAUAGCAGUAUACUAAAUGCGCCACUACCACAUCAACAACACGGACGCGAUACCCAGGAGCUCAAAAGGGAACUGAAGCUUCAGAAGGCACGCUUCAGUACACAAUUGGACGAUGCCCACAGAAAUGUUCAAAAUCUGGAAACAAAAGUUGGUGAUAUGCAAGUUAAGAUACAAACUUUGGAACAGGAACUAUCGCUGAAGCAAUGGAAUGUGGAAAGACUACAGAGUGAACUUACUGCCGCUCAUAAGGAUGAUGAAUAUGUGCGUAAGAAACUUAAAUUGCUGGAAGAUGAGAAAGUGCAUUUGCGACACAAAUACUGUGAGGAUGAAGAUGAAUUCCAACGCAAAUAUAACGAACUUGAAGCUCAGUAUAACGAACUUAACCAGAAGUACAAAGAAACACAGAGUCUGGCUGGCAGCCUACAAACACAAUUGGCCAAUGCCACAGACGAAGUGGAAGAGUGGCGCAAUGAGGUGAACAAAAUUCGAACUGAAUUGGAAGAACAAAUACGCAUACUCAAAAAUGCAUUCGAUAAUUCUGAGGCGGAACGCAAAAUCUGUGAGGAUAAAUGGCAAAAGGAGUUUGAAAUGCUAAGAACACACAAUAAGGAGCGUGAGGAAACUUUGAUGACGGAUUGCGAAUGGCAGUUAAGGCAGAUGCAGCGUCAAUGCAAAGAUAAAGUCGACAAAUGCAAUUACGAAAGGAAACAGGCUUCAGCCAAGGCUGAUGAACUUGAACAGGAGUUGCAAUCGCGUCGCAAGGAGACCGAGCAUUUGCGCAUAUGUCAGGCUCAGGUGAAUUCACUGCGUGGCGUGGUCAGUGAACAGGAACAGUCCAUACAGACGCUGAUGGAUCGCAUUGAGAAUCUUAAAUAUGAACUGCAAUCGGCCAAUGAAAAUCUAGAGGCUCAAAUUGAAGCGGUACAUAAAAUUAAAUAUCAGUGUGAUAAUGCCAUCUAUGAUAAAGAGCGCCAAAUGAUCUACAAAAUAGAUGAGGUACGCAAUGAUGCUGCCGCCUUUUGGGAAAAUAAACUUUACACAGAGAUGACAAGACUGACAAAUGAACUGGAAUCUGUAUAUGUGGACGAACGUCGUGAAGCUUUGGACAAACUGCAAGAUGAGCAUGUUGAAGAGCUCAGAGCAUUGACCAAUCGCUAUACGCUCAAUGAGGAGGAAUUACGUGCAGAGAUAAGUGAACUGCACGAGAAUUUGGAAUUGAAAAAGCAGGAUUUUCUUGCCCUACGUGAACGUUCCGACAAUGCUUUGCUCCAGACUCGCAUGCAUUUGGAUCGUGCCGAUCGUGAGUAUCAAAACGCCAUGUGUCGAGAGGAAGAUCGACGCGCAGAUCUCGAGGAGAAACUUAAAAAGGAAUUCGAAACGGAGAAACAGGAAAUGGAGGAGAAAUUUCGUGAACGUUUGGGUCAAGUUAAAGAUGAAUUUGCCAAAGAAUUGCAAUUGUCCACACAGGAUAUGGUAGACUCACAUCGCAAGGAGCUGGAGACUCAAAAGGCCAAAUUGCAAGCCGAAAAGGAUGAAGCAAUGCAGGAACUUGUUGAACGACACCGCGCCAAAAUUACCGCUGCCGACGAACGAAUGAAUGAUACAGAGCUUCGGCAUCAGCGCAAUCUCAAGGACCUGAAAGCUGCCUACGAUGCGGAGAAGGCGGCGUUGGAUAAACGUGAUAUAAGCAAUGCCAAUGAGAUCGAGCAACUUCAUCGUAAAUGUCGCUGUCUGACCAAUCUAUUCGAGGAGAUGCGCAUGCGUUAUGAAAGGAGAGACCCACGCCCGGAGGAUCUUCGAGAAAUUUCCGAAUUGCGUACUCGCUGCGAGAGUCAGGAGAGAGAUUUAUAUGUCCUUACCGAUCGCCUGCGAGAAAUGCAAAAUCAAAUGGCAGAAUUACAACAGAAUGGAGAUGCGGACGAUGCGCAGUCACGCAAAGUCAAUGGAAAGGCCAUUAAAAAGCCGCCACCAAAAACGAUACCCACCAGCUGUGAUGUGAUUUAUGAGGAAAACGAGGAGCGGGAAUCCCCGGAACAGGAAUCCCGUGUCCAAAAUAAUGAUGAUAACUCAUCUGAGGGAGAUGAAAACGAACAUGAACCAAGUGACACCGAAUCCAAUCACACAAUCGAAGUGAAUGGCAAAUGUGUUGAUCAUAUCAACGAAGAUGAUGCCCAUAUGAUCACAGCAGUGUGAUGAUACUAUCAAAACUAUUGAACAAAACUUGGCUGUAUCCUUUUUCUCAAUAUAUGGAAUCCCCAAAUAUAACACAUACUCGCAAAGUUCUCAGCACCCAAGGAGCUAAUUUCGAGGAACCUCUGUACCACAGCUCUUUGGCUGUUCUCUGUCGAUAUGAACACAGUUUUUGAAACAUGCACAAAACGCCUAAAAACCCAUAAAAAAGAGAAAAACAAAUAAUUGGUUUAUAA